AUGCAUACAGGUUUACAUGUGACUAUAUGGAUAACAGCUAAUUAUUCACAUGAAAGCUGUGUGACAACAAAGAACAUUUCAAUCAUGCCUAGAGAAAUAGAAAAAUGCCCUUCACCAGUCAACGUAAACACACAACAAUUAUUCAAUAAGCUAAUAAUAACAUGGGAGUCACCACAAAAUAUAUUACAGUAUGAAUUGCAAUACAAGGACUUAAUGCAAAGAACCUCAUCCUGGAUACCGGUCUCCAUGGAGAUGAAAGCUUUUAAUGUUACUAUCCCGGAUGUAAACCCAGCAUCAUCCUACAUGGUUCGCCUCAGAUGCAUACCCAAGAAUAACUCCUGUUCUGUUUGCCUUUGGACAGAAGAAAUUGGUAUCCCAUACAAGCUUACCAAAAAUCCUACAAUUUUGGAAAAUAUAACUAAAGAGAUCUCACCAGGGAAAAGAAGUGUCUUUCUUACAUGGGAGACUGAUGAAAGCAAGCAUACCAUUGGAUAUUUCGUACAUAUUAAGAGAAUACUUGACUCCUUCCAUGGAAUAACAUCUCUCAACAUAAAGAAAACUUGGCUGCGUCUAAAUGUCUCAAUGGCAGCUUACCAUAUUAAAAUCACUGCCUAUAAUGAACAUGGAAAGUCGUCUUCAGUGAUAUACAGGGUUCCAGAUUUCAUAUCAACAUAUUCAGAUUUACCUGGUCAUCUCAUUAUUUCAAAUCAGCAAAAUUAUACCAUUAUAACCUGGAAUCUAAAAGAUAACCCUGAUUGCCUUGCUAUUGAUUGGGGCACUGGAAUAGAAGACACGAAAUCUAAAUGUUUCUGUCAAAAUGAAACAAAUGUAAUACUUGAUCACCUCCAACCUUAUCAGUUAUAUAAAGUAAUGCUGCAUGCAUUGGACUGUCAAAGCAAGGACUUAAUAAAAGAUGAACAGACAUUGGCGGUGGCCAACUUCUAUGCGGUGGAAGGAGUUCCCAGGAUAGGUCCAGCUCAUGUAACAAUUCCAGUUAUGGCGAAACAUUCAGCUGUUGUGAAAUGGACUGAGAUACCUACAAAAGAUUGCUUGGGUUUCCUUUUGGGAUAUAGAAUUCACUACACAGAAGUCACAAACAGCAUCUCUUGGGCUGUUACUCUCAAUUCUUCAAUGAGACAGUACCGCUUGGCUGAUCUUAAGGCAAAUACCCAUUAUACAGUCCACAUCUCUGGCAUCACUAGAAAAGGAGAAGGAGCUCAAAGCCAGCCGCAAGAUUUUACUACACUGAAAUAUGAUCAAAGAGAAUUUGAAGGAAUGGUGGUUGGCCUAUGUCUUGGCCUCAUAAUAAUUCCAGCUAUUACUAUCACAAUUUGUUCCUCAGUUCUGAAACGAUCAAGAAAAUCAUGCUGGCCACCUGUCCCAAAUCCGAGAGAUAGCAGUGCUAUGCAAGUUGCAGAAAAAACUUUUCCAGUGGCUCUCCUGAAACCCAGUUUACAACCAUUGCUUCCUUCUGCACCACUGAACGAAGCCGAUAAGCUUUAUGUGAUAACAGAUGAUUUGGAGGCAUUUCCUCCAAGUCCAGCAACUGGGAGAGUUUUCACAGAAUAUUCUGAAGCAGUUGUAAGAGAAAAGGAAGGAACACUUCCCAAGCCUAACAGAGUAAACGCCAGCGAGAAGGCAAAGGCAGGUCUUCACCUUGAUUAUGUCGGUAUGGAAUUCAGUCACAAAGCCAUGCAGAAGCUUUCAGAGAAUCUGCCUACGAAAACGGUCCACCUCUAA